AUGGUCUGUGCCUCCCAGUCACACAGGGGCCAUGGUGAGGCCGGCGAUGAGCCUCAAGCAUAUGUCGAUGACUACUCCGCAGAGGUGUGGAUCUCUCUGAUCCAUAUCCUCUCUACCGCUGCGACGGUGCUCGGGCCACAUGCCGGCUUCUGGCCUGUGUUCGAAGCUUCUCUGACCCAAUGGAGGGCAAGUCUGCCUCCUCGCCGGAAAGUGUUGACAGCGGAGAUGAUCUGGUACUCUUUGCUCAGUCUCUGCGCUCUUUCGCAAUUCUCAGCUUCUACGGGAACAACAGGGUCAACACCUUUGCUUACGCAGCAGUGGCCACUCGUUGUGCAAGCUCUUACAGCUACGAAGCUCCGCUAUGAGGAAGCUGUAGAGCAGGCCAUGCCUAGUGCAGCUGUGAGCAAGAGGGAUCAGUACAUUCGAGCAAUCGUGCAGAGAUGCUUCAAUUUAGUAUCUCUUUGGCAAUGGAAAAUGGACGGAGCGGAUAUAGCGCUCUCUAAGCUCUUCGACAUCUUCAAUGACCACAGAUUGGCAGAUCUGCCCAGUGAAGAGGACCACGAUUUCCCGCCUUUCCUCAGGGAAUACGAUGCUCGUCUCCUGUUCGACGAAAGCAAGAGAGAAGCAACGAGCUACCACAUCUUUCUCAAACUACUGGCGCGAGCAGGUCGAGACCUGCAAGCGACCGCCAAAGACUCAAGAGACGCUGAGCGUCGGGUUGCCCGCCUCUUCUCCCGCGUCUCUCCUGUGCGGGUUAUGUCGUUCACCAGAGCAAGUCCGCCAACUUCGCGAGAGCGAUCUUCGCUCUUCAAUCACUAUGCUGUCGUGAUGACACAUCUCUACUUGAUGCCUUCCGCUGGCGCACAGCGUCUGCGACAGAUCAAGAGCUUCCUUGUCUUCAAAGAUGCCGAUGCGCAAAGUCAGGUCACUUGCAUCAGAGCCAUGCUGUACGCAGCUAUCAUCCUUAGACACUACGAGCUCGACAUCUCUGUCAUUGCCACCUGGUUUGGUGCAAUCUUCAAGACGCUUCUAGUCGAAGCAGAGGAGGUCAAUAGGUUGUCGACGAAGAAUGAGCCCGGGAAUCACUUCGAGUCCUUGCGACAGGCUCGAAGAGUGAACAGUCUCUUGCUGACAUCACUGAGGUCGAUUCAACACAUCAUUGAGCACCAAGGCUUGCGAGAAGAGGGCGAAUCGCAUGCGCGGUCAAUGGCGUCGACGCCAUCGUUCCCAGACAUUCAACUCCUGGAUCGCGCCUGGACCUCAGAUAUCCUGGAAUCGCAGACAGCAAUCGACCCCGCGGUGGGCAUGGAGGUACUCAAGUGCAUUCAGGUAUGUCUGCUACAUCGCAAUACGUGCAUGGAUGCUAUUGCUUCACGGCCGACAACUGCCUUAUCCAAUGCAGAGCAAGGCGAAUCUCAAGACAGCUUCGGUCAGCUUUUCGAAGACGUAGGAGAUGAUGCAUUCGACUUCUCGGAUCCUGCCUUGGACGAUAUGCUGGGCGACAAUGCUGCUGCUGCAGCUCGUGAGCAGCGACUAGUGGCUCUGCGAGAGUCUGACAUGGCUCUGGCUCAGCACCUGCGUGACAACAUUUCCCCUGCCUUCUUCAGGCUUCUCUCCAACAUCUACCACCCGGAUCGUCAAUAUGUAGAGCUGCUGAUCGACUGUUGGGCAGGUUGCGCCCACGUUCUCGUUCAGAAUGGCCUACGCGACUGGCACGGAUAUCUCACGUACGGCAACGAGUCGUGGAAGCGUCUCGUCGACGCCACGGGCAAGCGAGACGUAGGCCUUCGCUUCUUGCAGAAUGUAGCCGUGUUGGAUCCGAAUGCGUAC